AUGGCGACCACGAGGCUUCCCUUCCGUAGCCUCUCGAGGGCUACGCGAUUCCUCCAUGAACGGCGACCGUGGACUUGCUCCACCUGCAGAUAUGGGGGACUCAAGGCUUUCCAGCGCGGAGUUGCGACGACUCCCGAGAGCCCGAAGAAGCCUUACUAUGUGACCACGCCAAUUUUCUAUGUCAACGCCGCACCUCAUGUUGGCCAUUUGUACACUAUGGUCAUCGCCGAUAUUCUGAAGCGAUGGCAAGUCCUCCUCGGCAAUGCAGAUGCUCAGCUAUUGACUGGAACCGACGAGCACGGAAUGAAGAUCCAACAAGCCGCCCUGGAAGCUGGCAUGGAUACGCAAGCAUUCUGUGACAUGAACUGCCGAACCUUCGAGGCCCUAGCCAAGACGGCAAACCUCAGCAAUGAUCAUUUUAUUCGUACUACUGAUGCGGCACACCGUGAUGCCGUUCAGUAUUUCUGGGAAAUGUUGAACCAUCGAGGUUAUAUCUAUAAAUCAAAGCAUGAGGGCUGGUAUUCGGUCAGUGACGAGACAUUCUACCCGCAAACACAAGUGCAAAAUUCCUUGGAUCCAACCACUGGUAGAAAGCGAAUGGUUUCGAUUGAAACAGGGAAAGAAGUUGAAUGGUCUUCGGAGGCCAACUAUCACUUCCGCCUUUCCGCAUUUCAGGACCGUCUGCUGGAACUGUACAACCGACCGGAUUCAUUCAUCACGCCGUCGAAAUAUGCGACUGCUGUGAUUCAGUCGGUUUCAUCCGGGUUGCAGGACUUAUCCAUCUCCCGACCCGCUGAACGAUUGACAUGGGGCAUCCCGGUUCCCGGCGACAGCACACAGACCAUCUAUGUUUGGCUGGAUGCUCUGGUCAAUUAUUUGACAUAUGCAGGAUACCCUUUCCCUCCUGGGCAGGAAAACUCGUCUAUCUGGCCAGCUAAUGUCCAGGUUGUUGGAAAGGAUAUCGUUCGCCUUCCUCAUGGCUCUGGACCUUCCUCCCCCCGGAAUGUUCUCGUGCACGGGCAUUGGACCAUGAAUCGCGAGAAGAUGUCGAAAUCUACCGGGAAUGUGGUGAACCCCUUCUUUGCAAUUGACCGAUUUGGCGUGGAUGGCAUGCGAUUCUUCUUGGCCUACCAGGGCGGCCUCGCUGACGACGCGGACUAUGACAAUUCCUUUAUUAUCCGUGACUAUAAAAAAUUACUCCAGGGAGGCAUUGGCAAUCUGGCACAUCGCAUGAUCGGAUGUGCUAAGGGGCAAAUGCGGUCGUAUAUUCAGGACGCCACGUCUGAUAAGCUCCCGAAUCCAACUCCGGCAGACGCAGAACAUCGGACUAUGCUCGUCCUAACACCGCCAAAGGUUGCUGAGCAUAUGACCGGCCUAAAUCCCCGUGCUGCGUUACAGGAAAUUAUGAGCAUAAUUGAGAAGACUAACAAAUAUUUCCAUGCGGCGGAGCCGUGGAAAAACCCCAAUCCCCAAUGGAUCCUCUACAACGUGGCCGAGUCGCUUCGGAUCUCUGCGAUCCUACUUCAGCCGUUCAUGCCCGACAAGUCACAGGAACUUCUCGACCUUCUACGCGUAGACACUUCCAACGCAGCCAAACGAGCAUUCUCGGCCACAGUGUACGGCUCCGAUCCGGAUUACGGUGAAGACAUCAAGAAGGGCAUCCUUUUCCCUCCCCUCCUCACUGAGGAGUAA